AUGAAGAACUAUUCUACAUGCGCAAUACUGGACAGGAGAGCCACGCUCGCCGAAUGCCUGGAUGCUCGCAAAGUCCCCGUCUUCGGCCAAGGCACGGCAAACUUCACUCAGGCUAUCAAGCCCUUCAAUCUGCGUGUGCCUUUUACCCCGGCCUCCUACGCCGUACCAUCGACUAUUCAGCAUAUCCAAGACGCCAUUGCCUGCGGUGCCGCCAGCGGAGUCCACGUGACUGGAAAGUGCGGAGGCCACAACUACGCCUCCCACGGACUUGGAGGAGAAAAUGGACAUUUGGUCGUCGACAUGCGCCGCUUCAACAGCGUGACGGUGGACCAGAAUGCGCAUACGGCGGUGAUCGGAGCCGGUGGACGACUCGGAAACAUUGCCUUGGCAUUGUAUGCCCAAGGAAAACAGGGAAUUAGUCACGGAACGUGCCCUGGCGUCGGUAUCUCUGGUCUGACGCUCCAUGGCGGCUACGGCCUCUCCUCCCGCAAGUACGGCUUGGCACUCGACAAUGUGAUUUCCAUGACGGUUGUCCUUGCCAACGGCAACGUCGUGACGGCAUCCAAGACGCAGAACCCAGAGCUCCUCUGGGCUCUGCUCGGUGCUGGCGGUGCCUUUGGCAUCGUCGUCGACUUCACGUUCAAGACGUUUGAUGCCCCGGAAGAAAACAUCAACUUCUCGUACAACCUCGCGCCCAACAACACGGCGCAGCUCGCCGACAUGCUGUCUGUGCUGCAGGACUUCUCGAUCCACGACCAGCCCGCCGAGCUGGACAUGCGCCUGUUUGUGCCCAAGCAGCUGACGGGCGUGUACCACGGCAGCCGUGCCAACUUUGACAAGAUCAUGGCUCCUCUGCUCGCCAAGCUCAACGUGCCGGCAAGCUCUGGCACCGUGUCGACCAAGGGCUGGAUCGAUACGCUGACGGCGUUUGCGUUUGGCCCGCUGCAACAAGCCGAGAUCUACGACACGCACGAGAACUUUUACGCAAAGUCGCUCAUGACGCCCGCGCUGUCGCGCGACGCCCUCACCGCCCUCGCAGACUACUACUUCACGACGGCGAGCAAGAUCACCGGCCGCUUCUGGUACCUGCUGAUUGACCUGCACGGCGGCGCCAGCUCCGCCGUGUCGGCCGUGCCCAACACGGCCACGGCGUAUGCGCACCGCAACGCCAUCUUCAAGAUGCAGUUCUACGACCGCAUUUUCCCAGACAACGCCACGUACCCGCCCGAGAACAUGAGCUUCCUGGGCAACUGGGUCGCCAACAUCGAGAAGGCCAGCGGUGGCCAGAAGUUUGGCAUGUACGUCAACUAUGCCGAUACCAUCUUGACCAACACCGAGGCCCACACCAGGUACUGGGGCGAGAACUACCCCAGGCUCGCGUCGCUCAAGAGUACGUAUGAUCCGAAGAAGCUGUUCGAGGGCCCCCAGAUUGUGGGAAGCUAGAUGAUGCGUCUUCUCUGUAU